AUGCCGGAUCCGAAUCCUGUAACAGCUUGGAAAUACACCUCAGCAUACUUUGACCAUGCGCUGGAUGCCGCGAUGGGAAUUGUGCAUCGGCCUACUUUUGAAGCUCAACUAAGACUAUAUCUGCAGGGCGCAUCUGCCGAUCAGGAUACGGCGUGGCAUGCGCUUCGUCACACGAUCUAUGCGUCAGGAUGCCGGAUAAUUCUUUCUGAAUCCCUCUCCUUUCACGAAGCCAACAAUACGGCAUGGUCAUACUUCGAAAACGCACUGGCACUACUUGCCGGGACAAUUUUGUUUCAAACAUCGAUUACUAGUAUUCAAGCUCUCACGGUGAUGGCUUACUAUUCCCAAAAUUUCGGAAGUCCUUGUCUGGAAUACAUGCUUUGCAACAAUGCUCUGGCCCUAGCUGUUGCUAAGGGAUUACAUCGUCAGCCAGCACCGGGCUGGAAUCUGUCGUCACAUGAACACUCACAAAGAAGUUCUCUAUUUUGGGCUCUUUACUGCCUGGAGAAGCAGAUCAUCAAGCAAUCGGGAAGACCGUCCAUUAUCGAUGACAGUGAGGUAACCUGCCCAAUUCCUAAGGCGCCUCUGCUCCAUGGGGCUUUCAACCUGAAAUAUGUGGAUAUCCUGAUUCAAUUAGCUCGGUUCUCAUCAACCAUAUCCAAACGCCUAUCUAGUAUCAGAGUCCUCCAGACAGGAGCACAAGAUUUGGCUAGAAUCGUUGCAGAGCUGGAUUGGCAGUUGCGGGAUCUUCGAACGAGACUGGAACCGGAGAUAUCCCUUGGCAAUCCAGUCAACCCAAAUCGACUGCCGACUGGCAUCAACCUGCAACAAACCGUCUACCUCAACUGCUUUUAUCAUACGACUAUGCUAGAUAUACACAACACGUUGACGUAUCCAUGGAGCAGAACCUUGCUUGGACUCGUGUCACAGCCUGUCCUUCGUGCCGAAGCAGAAAGAUCUUUCGUGUAUGUGGUGGAGACGUGCCAUGCUGCAAUGCUAACACUGCAUUACGUGCACAUCGAUGCUGCGACUCCAGUACCGCUCAGCUUUUUCACACCCAUCUACGUUUUGGUCAAUCUAUUUAUCUGCAUCUUACAGAAUCCCACACAUAACCAGAUUCCGCUGGCACUAUCUCUGAUGGAUUUAGGAGUUGGGUUUUUCACGCGAUUACAUAUCGCCACAAAUUCCACAGUAUCCAUGCAAUUUGCUAAAGAACUAGCGAGCCUCGCCCAAGGAGUCGCCGAAAAGGCCCGAAACAUUGCUACUUCAGGUGAAGACCACGAUCACGAGCUACCGGAAGUUGCUGAACAUGCUGUUCAAAACGAAGACGGACAGGGCGAACACGACCCAGAGCUUUCUUUCUGUGAUGAUAUGCAUAGGGAUAAUGACAUUUCUCGAGACGCUGACAUUGAGCAAUGGAGCACGCUCGUGCCUGCAGAUAUGGAUCUCGACGGGAUCAAUUUUGCAUUUCCUGGAGAGCUUCAUCACUACUAG